GGGGACGCUGUUGCCUAGCAACCGUCUUCCGCCUCCAUCUUUUGCCCCGCCUCCAGCUUAUUCCAAUACCUGGCUUCCCAGACCGCGAGGCCCAGGCCGGGGGCGACACCUGUGUUAGAACAUAGCCGCUGGGUUCUCAGCCACCAUCAGAGAUUGAAUGAAUUGUUUCAAUUACUUAUUAACUGUUGUAUAAAAGUAGAGGAAAAGGAUACACCAUGUCAGAUGAAAUCUUCAGCACAACUUUGGCAUAUACCAAGAGCCCAAAAGCUACCAAGAGAACGUCUUUUCAGGAUGAGCUGAUCAGAGCAAUUACAGCCCGGUCAGCCAGGCAGAGAAGUUCCGAAUAUUCAGAUGACUUUGACAGCGACGAGAUUGUUUCUUUAGGUGAAUUUUCAGAUACCUCAACAGAUGAAAGUCUAGUUAGAAAAAAAGUGAAUGAUUUUCAUAUAUCUGAUGAUGAGGACAAGAAUUCUCCAAGACUGUCUUUUUUGAAAACCAAGAAAGUAAACAGGGAAAUAGCCAAAGAUGAUCUGGACUCUGUCAUUCUGGACAGUGAAGGCACAUCACCGGAUGCUCAAGAAGAUAUGACUGGAAAUUCCUUCCCCAAACCUCAAAAUGAUGAUCAAGAAGUUGGCAGAGAGAUCAUGACAAUGAAGCCUACACCCAGGAUGCUCCCUGUCAAAAGAAGCACAUAUUCAGGGGAAAACAACAACAGUCUUGAUGCAGAUGGCCACUUUAAGCCUUCUCCCCGGCCAAGGAGCUUGUUAAAAACAAGCAGCCACACUGAAGAGAGAGUCAGGCCAGGAGCUGAUAAAGAACCUUCCACGAUCGAAGACUCUGCUCCCACACCUUCCCUUCCAAGGCAGAAUGGUACAGAGGUGCAAAAGGAGGAGAGAGUAUACUCGGAAAACCUUGAUCUUGAGGACUCGCUCUUACAAAGUCUGACCUCAUCUUCCCUCAAAGAAAGCCCUGGAGGUUGCUCAUCACCAGGAUCUCAGGAAAAGGCACCCAUAAAAGAUCACGAUGGAGAACCUACUGAAACCUGGGAUUCCUUGAUAUCAAAUGAAAAUGAAGGAAGUUCAGUUUUGAACUGUGUUACUCCUGAACUUGAGAAUCCCAAGGAAGGUCAGGUGGCAGCUGACGACCUUGAGGAAGAAAGAGAGAAGGGUGGAUUUACAGAAGAUGACCUCACCACUGACCCACUGCUCUCCACUUCCCCGAGUGUCAUAACACCCACUGAGCCAGCUGGGCCAGCCAAGAAAACAAAUGAAGACAGAAACAUGAAGAAUAAAAAGACAACGAAUAACAGAGUGUCCAGUGCCUCUGGCAGGCUGAUGACCUCUGAGUUUUUAAAGAGAUCCGGUCCCACAAAAAGAAGUCCGUCAGCAGCUGCCUCCUCUCACUACUUAGGGAAUUUGAAAGUCUUAGACCAGAAGCCACCACGGAAGCAGAGCCUAGAGCCAGACAAGGCUGAUCACAUAAGGGCAGCUGUUUAUCAGGAGUGGUUAGAAAAGAAAAAUGUGUAUUUACAUGAAAUGCACAGAAUAAAAAGAAUUGAAAGCGAAAACUUGAGGAUCCAAAAUGAACAGAAAAAGGCUGCCAAGAGAGAGGAAGCAUUGGCAUCAUUUGAGGCCUGGAAGGCUAUGAAAGAAAAGGAAGCAAAGAAAAUAGCUGCAAAAAAGCGGCUGGAGGAAAAAAACAAGAAAAAAACAGAAGAAGAAAACGCUGUGAGGAAAGGCGAGGCCCUGCAAGCAUUUGAAAAAUGGAAAGAGAAAAAGCUAGAAUACCUCAAAGAGAAGACCAGGAGGGAGAAAGAAUAUGAACGAGCGAAAAAACAGAAAGAAGAGGAAGCAGUUGCUGAGAAAAAGAAAGACAGUGUAACUGCUUUUGAAAAAUGGAGUGAGAAAAAGGAAGCUCUUCUCAAGCAAAAGGAAAAGGAGAAAAUAAAUGAGAGAAGAAAGGAAGAGCUGAAGAGAGCAGAGAAGAAAGACAAAGACAAGCAAGCCAUCAGCGAAUACGAAAAGUGGCUGGAAAAGAAAGAAAGGCAAGAAAGAAUUGAACGGAAACAAAAGAAGCGCCACUCCUUCCUCGAGAGCGAGACACACCCACCAUGGAGCCCUCCAAGCAGAACUGCAUCCUCAAAAGUAUUUUGACAUUUCUGGUUCUUGAUUUUUUUUUCAGUUCACCAACUUUACCCAUGGAUUUAAAGCCAGUCAUCUCAUUAUUUAUGGUUAGAAGACUAUUUCACUUCCCUGCAGGAGCUUCUGUGGAGCAUGAAAGAGAUACUUUGUAGUUUGAUCAGUGGAAACAUCUUUUGAAGUGUCCUCAUCAGAUUGCUGGGACAAUCCAGAUGCAUGAAGCUUUGUCGUAUCCUGACUGCUCCUGGAGUGAGGCGAUGCAUGGUCACUGUCACUGAGUUCUGGGACUUUUUAAAGCAUGUUUGAUCCCAGUAAUGAAAGAAUGCCGGCUAGAUACCACAGUCGUAGAGAUGAUUCAGUCUGUGGAAGCGUGUGCUUCUGGAGUGCAGUUUGGGCAUUCAAAGUCCCUGGAGAGUAUGAACGUGUUAUCUCUUCUAUCUCCAGUUCUUCAGCUCAGAGAAGUAUCUUUGCUGUGCAAGUUAGAGACUCGGUCAGUUGAGGCCACAGAACUCUAGUCAGUCACUUUAGUUAAGAACUUUGCCUUAGGGUUUAAUCUCGGUGUGUGUUGCCUACAUGAGACUUACCUGACAAUCACAGCCACUUCUAUAAUGGGCUCAUUUCUGGAAUGUUCUUUCUAAAGCCCAUCUCAAUCUCUUUAUUAUUUGAUUGACACCAAAAGCGUCAGUUUGAUGGUAGUGGUUUCUUAUAGAGUAGUUGUGAAAACUUCAGGGUGACUAUCAAAGUUUUUCUAGACUAAAGUUAUAAAGGUAAUGAAAGUAACUUCCAUUUUCUUAACUAAUUAAGAGUGGUUCAACUUGCACUUGGAAGCAGUUGAAUAAGAAAGUAAAUUUGUAAAAAUAUUCAAGAUCCUUUAUUUAUUAUUUAUUUAUUUAUUUAUUUGACCUCCGCUUCUUCCUUUAUCAACUGGUCCUAAGCUAGACUGGCCAUCUCUUAAAACAGCUGCUGAAGGCAAUGAUGCAAUGCAGAGACAAUCGAAGGAAAACGUAGUUGCUGUUGUUCUCUUAGCUCUUGUGUCAUCUCUGCUGGAUCUUUGUCAACUUUGCAGCAACUAUUCAGGGUAGGUAUUAUUAGCUUUAUUGUGCAAAUAAAAAGACUUGAGAAGUAGAAAGUCCAAACUAACUUGCCAUGCAGCUAACCUGUGAGUGGUGGGGACAACAUCUCCCUUGAAACCCAAGUGACUUCAGAACUGUAGCCCUGAUUUCUUUGUUCAUCAACCUUGCAAAUGCUUGUCACUCCCAAGGGUGUAAAGUCAGGCAGUGUUGGUGAGACAUGCCCCUUUCCAUCUAUAAAAGAUGAGGAUUCAUGGGUUUUAAGAUGUUCAUCAAACAUCUGAUGAGUGUCAACAAAGCCAACAGCUUGUGUAAGACCCACUGAGCAGUAUUGAGUAUUGUGGCGUGAGCAUACACUUUUUAGCAUACAGAAGAACUCAGGCACAAAACGGGAUAUCAUGAGCUGCUUCGAAGCAUAACAAGAUGGAAUCACAUGACAUCUACAGAUGAGCCUACUGCCAGGAGUGGUCACUGAAAGAUUAUCAGCAGUGUGCUGUCUGUCUGGGGUUCAGGACUCACAUUUGUGUGGUUUCCUACAAUCACAAACAAUCAAGCCAGCCAGCAUAGAGUGAUAAUGGCUUCUUGUGUUGAAGUAAUCGGGAGUGAUUAAAAAAAAAAGUUUGCACAUUGUAAGGAACUCAAAGAAAGAUCAGACAAAGGUGUAGCUGCUUCUAGGGAUCAGAAACCCAGGGUGUGCAUGUGAUUUCACACCAAGUGUGUACUCCCACUUCCAGACAACUUUCUAUAGUGUUGUGUUUGUUACUCCUAUUAGAGCCUAGAUCAUGUCGAAUGGCCAAUUUAAGUUAGCGAAAGUAUUUGGGACAUAAGGACUCCGUAAAUAUUCAUUGUCAUCAUUUAUUUACUAUGUCUUCCCCACUCCAUGGAAGUGAGACCAGUGUGGGGUGAGCAGAAGAGUAGUCAUUUGGCAUACAAUUUUUAGCAUAUAGAAGAAGUCAGUUUUCUGGUCCAUGUUUGAUGUGCUGGUCACAGUCAAGCACUGCCUGGGACGGGACUCUCUGAGAAGACAUCUGAAUACUGGUUUCUUGAGAUUGCUUUUAAAGAGAAUGAAGUAACAAAUGAAGAUGGGCCCAAUGGCCUCGAAUGUCAUUUCCUCAGAUGUGAUUAGGAUGGGUAUAUUUAUAGAGCAAGUAAUAGUUUUUUCCUUCCACAACUUGUAUUCAAACCUGUGCAGGAUUUAUCUAGCUAAGUAAGAUUACCCUUUUCACUGCAGUGAAAAUAAAGCAGAGCUUUGUACAGUGGGUGAACAUCCAACUCUGUAAUGUGGCAGUCUGAAUUACAGAGGGAAGAAACAAACCUGGUCAGAUCAUCCUAAUAUGUUUGCCUAUUUAAGGAAUAAGACUUUGCUGCAUUUCCUUUAAAAGUACCAAAUAUCAAUAUAGAUAAAUUUAUAAUAAUAAAAAACAAAACUCUUGAUAUGAAAGUUAGUUCCAUAAUAGCAGCAAAAGGAUACUACACACAUCAUAAGGAAUGAAACAGUACUUUAGAAGAGUUUACGUUUCCUUAAGGGGAGUAACAGUGUUCUGGUAGCCUGUGUGUCACACUUGAAGGUGCUGGUUCACUAGUUGUUUUAGACUGUAAUGAUAGCUGCCGUGUUUACUGAUGUUUUCACUGACAAAGCACUGCCCUGUAGGAGCUUGACAGCCACAGCUGGAUGUUCCUUGGAGUGAUAUAGCUUGUCCUCAAUCUGGACUAGGCUCUGUUUCUAUGUUGAAUCAUCUGAUGUCCAACACUUUUAUAUUUGCCAACCUCAGAUGCUUCGUGUUGUCAUUCAGGCUGAGAGCAGGCUCUUUGCCCAUCUUCCCACAGUUGUGGUCUGCUAAAAUGCUCACCCCGACUUCACUGAACUGUGGUUAUCGCUCCUGUGGCUGGUUGUCACUGUCUCUCAUUUCCCAUUCUCCCCAGCCUUCCAGGAGAAACAGCUGUUUGACUUCUCGGACUGCUAUGAGAAAAUAGUGACACUUACUUAAAUCCUAAGUCAUGGCCUAAAAAACAACAACAGAGACAGGAGGUUUCACAGAACAGGGGAAAGUGCAUGCUAGUCAAAAUUAUUCUCCAAAAUUAAGAUAGUACAGGAACCAAAAUUGCCUAAUUUAACUUGACUCUGAGUUCAUUUGUACUGUGCUAAAAGGCAUUUUAAAACCGGUAUGUGUCCAUUCUACACAAAGCAAAUACCUUACUGAUUUCCCUCAUUCCUAGUUACACUGACUGACAGAAUAGUGAAGUGCUCUGUGGGUGCGGAAUGGGAGGCUUUUCCAAGCCCUUUUACUUAAACAUGUCAUGUGAUACUGUUCUUAUGGAAUGCUGUGCUACACGUAGUGGUAAUUGUAUAAGGUUAAUCAGAGUAUGUGAAAUUCUUGGUGCUGAAUUUAGGGUGUCUUUGGGAUUAUUGGGGAGAUACAUUUAAUGCCUGCUCCUUAGUAAUACAUUUCUGUUUCAUACUUAAUUUAUCCAAGUUAGCCAUUUGCAGUUUCGUUUAUUGAGUGUUAUAAUUUAUUAGCUGUAUACCAGGUGUUAAUAAGUGAGAUGUGCGUUUAUUUCUGAGCCUAAAGAUAAAAUAUGUUUGAUAAAUCUUUCACUGAAAAUGAAUGGUGGACAGGAAGUGAUUUUCAACUUAAGGUUUGGAUAUGAAACUGAUUUUACUGUAUAGAUUGCAAAUGUGACAUGAUUACUAAUUAUUAGUAAUAUUACUAAGUGAUUGGAAAAUGCAGAUGAGUGAGGUCAGUAUGUUUCCAUCUCGCCACAGUAACUGUGGUUAAUAUGGUAUUUCCACUCGCCUGUCUAUUUUCUAGUGAGUUCUCUAGUGAUACUGGGUGUGAGGGGAUGAAGGAAGGAGCUCCUAUUCUCCUCUCGUUCUGUCUCUCGCCUCUCCCUCUGUCUUCUGUGUUAUCGACAUGUAUAUACAUAUAUGUAUGUGUUUAUAAUGGGUAUCUGAUCACUGAAAUAAAAUGAGAUCAAGCCAC